AUGACUAGCGGAGCCUACCUUGAUGACACCCUCAAGCGCAUUAUCAGCAAGCCAACGACACAGACAUGGAAAUGCAUGCUCUGUGACUUCACGAUCCCCGUGUAUUUCCGCGACGCUCACGAGGUAUCAAAGAUGCAUAAUGCUAUGGAGCGACAGAAGGGGAUGCAGACCCAACUAGUCCCCACUGCUACGGUGGAUAUGAAUGGUGAAGAGGUUGGCGGUCAGACGCCACCGGCGAUACAUAAGAAGAAGAAGAAGAAAAAGAACAGUACUAAGAAUGUUGAAAAUGCUGGUGCGCAGACACCAGUACCAGUUCCACUCUCUAUCACGCCUAAGAAGCGAUCAAAACCGCGUCGUUCCGCCCCCAGAAAUUCACCCGCGGGUAAUGUGGAGUGCACAGUAGUCAAUGGGGCACCAGUGAUCAGGAUUAUAUCUGCGAUUCCAGCGCCGGCCCGCAUUGUCGUCCCGCAGAUUGAGCAUCCUCCUGUAGAGCGCUCAUGGAGGACCUGGUAUUCCGAGAGACAAGAGAGAUAUGGAUAUGCUUAUCCGCUUAAGCAGGAGUGGUGGACGUGCCCAGGAUGCGAGUGCACAAUGUACGCAACCUGCAAGGGCGCACAUGAGCUCAAGAAGUGCAAGCCCGUGCCGGCGCCGCCGAGGAAAAUAAAGGCGAAAAUCGCGCCUGUUGGUGUAUCUCGCGGAACGCGGAAGAUCUAUGCCUCUGAAGAACGAACUGCGCAAAAGGAGAGUUAUUUGGAAAGAGUUGAUGCGAGGGAUAAGAAGUAUAGGUACAGGAACCUUAUUCCAACCCAGAUUUUGAGUACUCCCGGUGUUCAGAUUGGGAUGUGGUCGAGUAGGCGGGAGAUGAGGAGGCAGAGGGAGGCGGAGAUAAUGGGGAGGGAGGCGGAGGAUCGGGAGAAGGAGGCGAGAAAUGCGGAGGCCCAGAAGACGAGAGCUAGGGAGAGGAGAGAGAAGGAGAGGAAGAAUAAAGAGAAGAGAGAACGGGAGAUGAGGGCUCAGCAGAUGAGGGAUGAGGUGAAAUUUCAGGGGAGGAAUGGUAAAAAGUCUCGGGGGAAUAAUUCUCGGGGGGACAAUUCUCGGGGGGACAAUUCUCGGGGUCGGGGGAAUAGGAAGAAAAAGGCCAGGGGACAGGGAGGAGCUUGA